CAUAAAACAUAACGCGCAUAUAGUUUACAAUGUCUAUCAACCUAUUAUGCGAAGAAUCGACUAUGGAAGAGACACUUCUGAACAUACGCUCGGAGCAAAAGAAAAGAAGCUCAUCGGGGAGCGAAUUCGUAGACUCACAGCACAAAAAAUCCAAAGUAGACAAGCCGAACGAAGAGGACCCGGAACAACUGACCGACAAAAUAUUGAAAAUGACUUUGAAAGAAUUGAUAUCGUAUUGCCGGGACAAUAUGAAUUUGGAAAUAUCGGAGAACAAAGAGGACUGUAUUCAGAUAAUACAGGCUAUGAAUCCGAUUUCGGAUACGACGAAGACGUUUCCAUUAUGGACUUUGGUUCUGAUGAUGAGCGUAGUAAAUCACCGAUUUUUAACAACGAAAACCCCGAGUCCGUUGUUGACGAAGAGGACUAUGGAGUUAACUCAUGUGGAAAAACAACUAGAAGUAUUGGAUCUAGGUCAGUUAUAUCAACCUCUUAUAGCGCUUAUGACUGCCCUGAAGAAGAAUUUAACGACAAAUUGGGCGAACUGGCCGUUAUCGUUGCUUCUAAACACGUAUCUGGAAAACACAGAUAUAUUCACCGAAUUGCCGUGUUUAAUGGACCUGAAGGAGUUUUGGGAUGUGUGUCAGAACUGCGGGAGAACAUUAGCCGAUUUCCCCCAAAACACUGGUAUAUCAUCGCGAGUCAUGGAGAGCACCUCCAUGUUGUCCACGUAUGUCAAUAUACCAACGGAAGUUGCAGAUGUCGGUGGCUCGAUGAAAGCGGUAGGUAUCAAAGAAACCUCGUCGACGGAAAACGAAGGUCUCUUCGAGCUGCCGGGCUUGACGCAAGGGAUUGGCGAGCAGUCUUGUGUUACCUAUCUAACGACGAGAGGGUCGUCGAAGAAGUUGGUGGCUUCACAGAAGAUGAACGAUUAUGUACUCGAUUUAAACAUUUAUCGGUUAGUAUUAAUAAAUAUAAUAUUGUAUAUUUGUGAAAAAACUUUACAAGACUUUGAUAGACAUUUAAAAUUUAUUAAACCUCUCACAUUCAAAAGUACUCCGUUAAAAGAUAAAUAUUAUAUGGCCGGUACGCCUUUACACGAUUUUUAUUUAGAAGUAAGUCAAGGUAGUUGGUACGAACAAUUGCACCGAGCAGAACAAACUUUAAAAUUAUAUAAAAAAAGUAAAUAUAUUUGUAUGACAGCGUUAGAUGAUAGUUUUUUCGAUUGGAAGUAUCACAGCGUAUUACAAAUNUUCAUCCAUGGUUUAAAGGUGAUGAAGAUUUAUUUAAUUAUUUUUUAGAAAAUCACCCAUUUUUAAAUCAAAGAACUAUUGAUUAUGUUUAUAACAAUUGUAUGUCAAUAAACAGUGAUUCUGAAUAAUAAAUGUGUUUUUAUUUAUAAUGUAGAAAACAAGACCUAGGGAAUUUAGCCAAGUCGGAAUAUUGGACCGAAGCUUUGAGACAAAUCCGUGUAACGUGUGCCUCAACAAACCCGAUUUUAAAGACGGCGAAUCGUCUGUUGAAGGAGAUGUACUCGGUUCUAAAGACAGCGGGGCCGAAGUCGGAAGACAUAAGAGGUGGAAGCGGGGAAAACAAAUGGUAUCGGAAGAAUACGGACCGAUAUCAAUAGAACAAUUACUCUAUCAAUAUCCAACUUGUCCCCCUCAAGCUUAUAAAAAAAUUAAAGAAUUUGUAAACAAUCCUAACGUUAAUAAAACUUUAGAAAAUUGUAAAUACGCCCAAGUAGACGUACGAAACUGGUGUAGUAGGUUAAACAUGUGGACUUUAAAAGAGUUUGAGAGUUAUUACAACGAUAUUACAGUAAAACCAUAUUGGAACGGGUAUAAUAGGUUAAAAAGCGAGGUUUACUACGACAUUCCCGACAGUGUAGAAAUCGCAGAAAAACUAUUAAUUCAUCAAUUCGUAAACGAAGAUAAAGUAGUAGAUUUUUUAAAACAUUUAUUAUACAUUGUUGAUAAAAGAAUUCCCAAAUUAAAUACUUUGGCUAUAUACGCCCCGCCAAAUUCUGGAAAAAAUUUUUUUUUCGACGCAGUAGCCGCGUUUUUCAUAAAUUACGGUACAAUAGGGACGGCGAAUAAAACAAAUAAUUUUGCGUUUGCCGAGGCUGCAAACAAAAGAUUAAUUUUGUGGAACGAACCAAAUUACGAAAAUUGCCACAUAGAAAAAUUAAAAGAAAUAUUAGGAGGGGAUACUACUAAAGUACACGUAAAAUAUCAAAGCGAUCAAGCUCUUCAAGGUCCACCUGUUAUAAUACUCACCAACGAUUCUUUAAAUAUUUUUGGCAUGUCAGCUUUCAAAACAAGAAUAAAAUUGUACAGAUGGAGAAAUGCUGACUUUUUAAAAGAUUUUGAUAGGAAAAUAAAUCCUUUGUUUUUAAUACCUUUGUUAAAUAAAUACAACAUAAAUUAA